CAGAAGCCAUGUGAGCCGAGCGUAAGGGACGCUUGAACUCCCCAAUGUUAGGGCAAGCCACCAUUAAUGGGCGACCAUUCCAUGCAUCUUCCAUUCCCAAAAUGCCCCUCCCAAGCUCCAUCGCUCACAAACGAGACAAUCCCACUGCUUGCAGCAUCCAGAAAGCGUCAAUGGCUGUCGGGGAGGAAAUGGUGAAAGAUGAAGUGGGUGUGGAAGAACAAGAGAAACGGUUGAUGCAUUAUUCCUCGUUUCAUCAAAUUCUCUUGGUUGGUGAAGGAGACUUCUCUUUCUCUCUGUGUUUGGCUCACUCUUUUCCUUCUGCUUCCAACAUCGUUGCUUCUUCUCUCGACCCAUAUGAUGUUCUGAUAAAGAUGUACAAGAAAGCAAAAUCAAAUUUGGAAGCUUUAGAGAAGCUGGGAGCAUCUCUUUUAUUUGGAGUGGAUGCAACCAAGAUGGAGCUUCAUACUGAUCUGAAGACGUGGAAAUUCGACCGCAUUAUAUAUAACUUUCCUCAUGCAGGCUUCCAUGGAAAGGAAGACAACAGGCUUAUGAUUAAUAUGCAUAGGGAUCUUGUGCAUGGUUUCUUCAGGAAUGCAAGUGGCAUGCUAAGAGCCAAUGGUGAAAUUCAUGUAAAUCACAAAACCACAGCUCCAUUUUCCCACUGGGAUCUUGAGGAACUUGCUUCUCAAAACUCUCUGGUGCUGUUUGAGUGUGUUGAUUUUAAGAAAGAGGACUACCCAGGCUAUAACAAUAAGAGAGGAGCUGGUUCAAGAUGUGAUGAGCCCUUCCCUUUGGGAGCUUGCAGUACUUUCAAAUUCAGAUUCUCCCCCACUGCUAUGAAAAUGUCCAGAAUCGUGUGCCACUCUGAUUUAAAUCACCGAGGAUCUCAGCAAAUUAAUCUAAUGCAAAUGCAGCAGUGGCCAGGUUCAUCUGAUUACAGAGGUCCUGGAAGAAAUAUUUUAGCAAAUAUGAAUGGCAUCCCAAGGCAUAUGGGGUUACCUUUAACAAUCUCUGCCAGCAAUGAAUGUUCUCGGAUCUUUGAUGGAUACUUCAAUCAUGCUGUGGAAACAUUCGGAAGAACUGGUUACGAUGUGGGAUAUACUGUUCAUGAAGCACUUAGGCUUGGCUUUGAAAGAUAUAUGGCUGAAGGUCCAGGAAGAACCUUGACUGGUUACAUAAACCUUCUGCACGAGCUUCAACAUUUGAGCAGGUUGCGAUCAGCAUUGCUACGAAGGAUGUUAUUGGGUCCUGAUCACUACUUGUAAAGAAGGAGAAAUAGAACAUGUUUCUGAGAAGUGAGCACCUUUUGCCUUGUUUGCUAGUGAAUACAAGUUCAGCACCGGUGUUGUUCUAUAGGUGAAAACUAUACUCCUUUUUUUGUUUUUGGUUUUUUUCUCAGUACACUUGUCUGCAGGAGAGCAGGAAUUAUUGUAAAUUUUAUAGAAAUUCAUACUUCCAGGUGAGAUGAUCUCUGUCAAUUUUCAUGAUCAAAUUGCAGUCCUGGUGUGACAUGCAUUCUA